UCUCUCUCUCUGUCGGGCGGAGUCACCCACCACUGCCAGCCCAGUGCUAGGGGGACCUGCUCCAAGCGGCAGCUGCAGGACCCGACACCCUCCAUGGCUCCCUUGGCCUUAGUGGGGUUUGCACUCCUCCUGGGGACACCCCCAUGCUCAGGGGCAGCCACCCCAACCCCCUCCCUGCCGCCUCCCCCCACCAAUGACAGCGAUACCAGCACGGGGGGCUGCCAGGGCUCGAACCGCUGUCAGCCGGGGGUCCUGCUGCCCGUUUGGGAGCCCGAUGACCCGUCGCUGGGUGACAAGGCGGCACGAGCUGUGGUCUACUUCGUGGCCAUGGUUUACAUGUUCCUGGGCGUGUCCAUCAUUGCCGACCGCUUCAUGGCAUCCAUCGAGGUCAUCACGUCAAAGGAGAAGGAGAUCACCAUCACCAAGGCCAACGGUGAGACCAGCGUGGGCACCGUCCGCAUCUGGAACGAGACGGUGUCCAACCUCACGCUCAUGGCCCUGGGCUCCUCAGCCCCUGAGAUCCUGCUGUCUGUCAUCGAGGUCUGCGGCCACAACUUCCAGGCGGGCGAGCUGGGCCCGGGCACCAUCGUGGGCAGUGCUGCCUUCAACAUGUUUGUGGUCAUUGCUGUGUGCAUCUAUGUCAUCCCAGCCGGUGAGAGCCGCAAGAUCAAGCACUUGAGAGUCUUCUUUGUCACUGCCUCUUGGAGUAUCUUCGCCUACGUCUGGCUUUAUCUCAUCCUUGCCGUCUUUUCCCCGGGUGUGGUCCAGGUGUGGGAGGCGCUGCUGACCCUCGUCUUCUUCCCGGUGUGCGUGGUGUUCGCCUGGAUGGCCGACAAGCGGCUGCUCUUCUACAAGUAUGUGUACAAGCGCUACCGCACCGACCCGCGCAGCGGCAUCAUCAUCGGCGCCGAGGGCGAUCCCCCCAAGAGCAUCGAGCUGGACGGCACGUUCGUGGGCUCCGAGGUGCCGGGCGAUGUGGGCGGCCUGGGCCCGAGCCCCGCCGAGGCCCGCGAGUUGGACGCCAGCCGCCGCGAGGUCAUCCAGAUCCUCAAGGACCUCAAGCAGAAGCACCCGGACAAGGACCUGGAGCAGCUGGUGGGCAUCGCCAACUACUACGCGCUGCUGCACCAGCAGAAGAGCCGCGCCUUCUACCGCAUCCAGGCCACGCGGCUGAUGACGGGCGCGGGCAACGUGCUGCGGCGACACGCAGUGGACGCGUCGCGCAGGGCCUCCCCCGCCGAGGGCCCCGGCGACGACGAGGACGAUGGCGCCAGCCGCAUCUUCUUCGAGCCCAGCCUCUACCACUGCCUGGAGAACUGUGGCUCCGUGCUGCUGUCGGUCACCUGCCAAGGUGGGGAGGGCAACAGCACCUUCUACGUGGACUACCGCACCGAGGACGGCUCCGCCAAGGCCGGCUCCGACUAUGAGUACAGCGAGGGCACGCUGGUGUUCAAGCCGGGCGAGACACAGAAGGAGCUGCGCAUCGGCAUCAUCGACGACGACAUCUUUGAGGAGGACGAACACUUCUUCGUGCGGCUGCUGAACCUGCGCGUGGGAGACGCGCAGGGCAUGUUCGAGCCCGACGGCGGCGGGCGGCCCAAGGGACGCCUGGUGGCACCACUGCUGGCCACCGUCACCAUCCUGGACGACGACCACGCGGGCAUCUUCUCCUUCCAGGACCGCCUGCUGCACGUGAGCGAGUGCAUGGGCACCGUGGACGUGCGCGUCGUGCGCAGCUCGGGCGCGCGGGGCACCGUGCGCCUCCCGUACCGCACGGUGGACGGCACGGCGCGCGGCGGCGGCGUGCACUACGAGGACGCGUGCGGCGAGCUGGAGUUCGGCGACGACGAGACCAUGAAAACUCUUCAGGUAAAGAUAGUUGAUGACGAGGAAUAUGAGAAAAAGGAUAAUUUCUUCAUCGAGCUGGGCCAGCCGCAGUGGCUUAAGCGAGGGAUUUCAGCUCUGCUGCUCAAUCAAGGGGAUGGGGACAGGAAGCUGACAGCCGAGGAGGAGGAGGCUCGGAGGAUAGCGGAGAUGGGCAAGCCAGUUCUUGGGGAAAACUGCAGGCUGGAGGUCAUCAUUGAGGAGUCAUAUGACUUUAAGAACACGGUGGAUAAACUCAUCAAGAAAACCAACUUGGCUUUGGUGAUUGGGACCCAUUCCUGGAGAGAACAGUUUUUAGAGGCCGUUACAGUGAGCGCAGCCGGGGACGAGGAGGAGGAGGAGGACGGGUCCCGGGAGGAACGGCUGCCUUCCUGCUUUGACUACGUCAUGCACUUCCUGACGGUGUUCUGGAAGGUGCUCUUCGCCUGUGUGCCCCCCACCGAGUACUGCCACGGCUGGGCCUGCUUCGGCGUCUGCAUCCUGGUCAUCGGCCUGCUCACCGCGCUCAUCGGGGACCUGGCCUCCCACUUUGGCUGCACCGUUGGGCUCAAGGACUCUGUCAACGCUGUAGUCUUCGUGGCCCUGGGCACCUCCAUCCCCGACACGUUCGCCAGCAAGGUGGCGGCGCUGCAGGACCAGUGCGCGGACGCGUCCAUCGGCAACGUGACGGGCUCCAACGCCGUGAACGUGUUCCUGGGCCUGGGCGUGGCCUGGUCGGUGGCCGCCGUGUACUGGGCGGUGCAGGGCCGCCCGUUCGAGGUGCGCACCGGCACGCUGGCCUUCUCCGUCACGCUCUUCACCGUCUUCGCCUUCGUGGGCAUCGCCGUGCUGCUGUACCGGCGCCGGCCGCACAUCGGGGGCGAGCUGGGCGGCCCGCGCGGCCCCAAGCUCGCCACCACCGCGCUUUUCCUGGGCCUCUGGUUCCUCUACAUCCUCUUCGCCAGCCUCGAGGCCUACUGCCACAUCCGGGGCUUCUAG